GUACGCAGCGUGAUCUCAGACCUUUGGUCUCCCCUCGAGCUCAGCUUAUGGUCCCCCUGGCUCACUCGAAGCAGAAGACAGCUAAACAAACCUCAUCUACAGGUGAUGUUCUUAUUUUGGCAGCAUUAAUUAGCAUGUCUGACCGUAACUAGUCAUCUUCUUUAAGGAAAAGUCUGGAACCAUCUUGUCUUAGGGGAUUGGACCCAGACGCGUGGGUGCUUUGACCGCCACUAGGAAGCGACUCGGUCCCCAAAGCAGACUGGAUCCACUACCCGUGGGUGGCCGAGCCGUACUCUGUAGUACCCUGCCUAUGCUACAACACGUACUCUGCCAUACAAGGCGCACAGUCACUGCACUCUGACGUCACCACGCUACCGGACGCUGCAUAAUAUAAGCUGCCUGGUAGUUGGUGGAAGACACAUUCUGUGCUUGCACACCUAUCCGGGAACAACUUUUGCUCCAGCUUCACAACCUAUAAGAAGUUGACAGAAAGCCGAAUUGUUGGACAGCAUGUUGCCAAGUGCUUCAUCGGGAAGCUCCAAUCCUCAACAGCGUGCGUCCGAAACAAAAGCGAGCGACACCAUGCAUUCUCCGAGCCCACCGACCACCACAGAGAGUGACGACGGAGCCGCAGCCCGUACGCAUCUCACACGCCACCGUCUGCGCCCAUGGCUGGAGAACUUGAUUGACGAAGGAUCGGUUAAGGGACUAGAAUGGAUCGACAAGGACAAGAAACUCUUCAAGAUCCCGUGGAAACACGCGGGAAAACAAGAUUACAAUCAAGAAGAAGACUCCAAAAUAUUCAAACUUUGGUCCUUGAACACGGGCAAGUAUAAGCCAGGAAUUCACGUUCCUGAGCCGGCAGUGUGGAAGACACGGCUGCGCACAGCUCUGAACAAACUCCCGGAUAUUGACGAAGUUCACGAAAAGACACAACUGGACAUCCCUGAGCCAUACAGAGUCUACCGAUUCCUACCCAAGAAACCUUCCAACAACUCUGUGAAAAACCGAAUGCCAAACAGCUCAACAUACGGCCCAGCCGAUCAUCACAGGGCUAUAAGUGGUUAUCCAUCGCGUUACACUCCUUAUGAGAUGGACCCACGUUCGUCUUACUAUACUGGUUCUCCCUAUGGACAGACGCUACAAUCGAGUUGUCACCAAGCUGCAGGCUUCUGGUAUCCUGACACGGGUCGGACUGAUGUGGCGGCUGGCUACAACUAUCCUAAUUACAGCUGUUACAGCACGACCGGAGGCGCAACUGAUCUAGACAUCAUCAGUGACGUCAUCACAGAAGAUAUUGGCGGCAACCAUGGUCACCAUCAAUCCAGUCACCACUACCCUCCCAGUAGCGGUCACGUGUACGAGCAGGAGGGCGCCCUCGCAAUGGAGCAGAGCAGAAUCACAAAACUGGAUAGUGUUGGUGUGGUAAGCGAGGCUCUGGUCAAUAAUAAUGAUCCUCGACACGUCAACUACCAUGACCUGGUACCCAUGACAACCGUGACGUCAUCAGGCUACACAACCUGUGCCUCCACCAAAGCUAACCCACCGCCGAGCUACGAAAGUUCCCUGGCCAACUCGCAGACCUUCACUACCACCAGCGCAGUCACCAUGGCCACGGAAUCUGUCACCAUGGAUACCACCGACGUGUCCAAUCCCCAUCCGCAGUCUCAGCAGCCACACGAGUUCUCCCCACAGCCUAAGCGCAUGCGCUCCUGUUCGGAGCCCACCUUACCAGCUGAACAUGUCAUGUCCAUCCAGAUCUCCUACCGGUCCACUGACGCUGGCUACCGGUGCGUUGACAAUCCCAACGGCUGUGUCUUGUAUUUCAACCAACCGUGGGAGGAAGGACUUCAGCGAGGAAUGGAGGCUAUACACCUCCCUGAUAUCGGCUCAGUGCCCGCCCACCCAGACAUGACCGAGAACCAAAUGCGUCUGACAUCGCAGGUUCUUGGUUGCUUUGAAAGAGGAGUGAGCCUUGAGUGUAGGCAUGGCAACAUCUACGUCACACGUCGCUGUCGCAGUGUUGUCUUUUGGUGCUCCCCUAACGCCAACGAGAAACCCACCAAGCUUGAGCGAGACAUUGAAGUCAAAGUCUUCGACCUGGACCAGUUCCAUGACCAGCUCCGACGCUAUUUUCUGGGGGAGGACGCCCCCCCAAUGCUACCCAAGAUUUACUUCACCGUCGCCCAGAAAUGGAGCUCCUUAGACAUGCCACUUCACGCGUGCCUCAUUUCCAUCGUGGUCACGCCGUUGAGGGCGUCUGAGGAACUACGGACCAUCAAUCCGGAAGUGCACUCCUUGCCGGGAAGCAUUCAUAGCGGUUUGCUGCAGAUCUCGGGGGCGGAGACAGACUGUGCCUCGCCCCUCGGCAACUCAUGGAAUGACAUGUCGCAUAGCUGUCGCCGUAUGAGUGCCAUGGUGUAAUGGCCACAAAUGGCCUUUGACCUCAAUGACCUUAGAAAUUCCAGUUGUAUAUUUCUUGAUUAGAAGGUUGUGCAUUUUCUUAGCGGCAUAGAGAAGACUUAUUUUCUGAAGACAAUUAGAUUAACUGUACAGAAGUAGCUCAGGUGAAGUAAUUAAUAAAAUUCCAUUUAUCCAAAUUGCAGGUUAGUGCUCUAUGCAAACUGCGCGCCAACCUGUACCGGAUUCUGUGAGUUCUCAAUGUCACUGACAACGAUAAUUCGUGUUCUGUGGGUUUUGUCAAUUUUCAUUUCGAGGGUUAACUUCAUGUAUAAGAAGAAUACCUAGGGGGAAAACGCUACUGGACCCCGAUAAUCCCUGAUGAUCCCCGAUAAUCCCCGAUGAUCCGUGAUGAUCCCUUCUAGAUAUGGGAUAUAUCUAUACUUUGAGUUGCCUCAAUAAGAAAUUACGUUUGGAUCUGUGAUGGCGCUUCUUUAUCUGAUUUUGGGCAGCCCACUGAACAACAUUACACCUGUUUUUGUGAAUUAGUGCUAAUAAUACCAUAAUUAGGGAGUCCUAAUGCAGUGACUGUCUGUAUACUGUUUCAUUGAUUGCGAUAUGUCAUGUCUUCGAUAUGUCAUUCUUGACAAUUCCAGCCUUAAAUAUAUUAUUUUGAAGUUUUGUAUCACGGACAAGGCACAGAACAAUGGCAAUUAACUUCAAUAUCUGUGAUUUCCUACACAUCUUCAAAGUUUUAAUGAGGCAUCAUUAAACUAAUUGCAUGUUACAAGAUUGCAAAUCUGUAGAUAUAUUUUUCUAAAAACGAUGUGAAUAAUCCAAAGAAGGAAACGUUGGGAAGAUGCUAUUUUCCACAGCAGUCAUUUUAUACGCAUUUUCCUUUAAUAGUAAUGUAAAUAAUUUAUUUCUAUGACACAAAACCAACAAAAAAGCAAGCAAACAAACAAGCGAACAUCAUUACGAGUUUAUACCUUUAACGCCUGAAACAGCUACGCCUAUACAUUGCCUAUUAUGCCAUUAACAUUUUAUUGUACCUUCUUUUUAGUUGGAAAAAUUAAUUUAACAUACUUAACUUUAUUUAUCAAAUUUUUUUCUAUUAAAAUGGAUGAUGCUGGCCAUUAAAGAAUCGUAUAAUUUGUACAGAAAGAA